GAUACAGCCCAAGAUCUAGAUUGGAGCAGUGCGGUCUACUACUACUAUACUAGCUCGUCUCGCUUUUCUGGCCCGUAUUUAAUGUCUUGAUAUUCAAAUGCUUCGUAGGUUCGCUUUGCUGGCAGUUUAUUCAAACUUGACCAAGAUCAAGUGCAGCGCUCCAAUCCAUCAACAUGCUUGGCUGGCAACGCGGCACAACCCUCCAUCACCUCGAAGCCUGACCAAUCGGCUCUUGUCAACCUCAUCAGUCGUCAUGAAGGACUCGCAAACCACGGAGCAACAUGACGCUGUCCGCAGACUCCUGCCUGACCUUUUGACCCCGACGGAGGGCGGCAAGUGGUCACCAGGGAGGUCACUGUUGAUGGCGGAAGCUCACAUCCGUCAAUUCUGCUCCCACUACAGCAAUCUUGACGACACUGCCAAGGCAAAGUUUCUCUUGGCCUUAUCACAGCUGUGCGGAGUCCACCACGAAAGUGUCUACAAAGCAUUCAAGAAUAUGGAAUCUGCCCAGGAGAAAGAAGAGGCGACAUUACUGCAGUCAGAGCAACGUUUAGCCCAGAUGCUGACUCCAGGGUACAAGACACUAUUUGCUAACAUCGGACGGCUGGAGGGAGGGAUCAAAUUCCUGGUGGACAUGAGGGCAGACUUACGUACAUUCCUGCAUCAUCAUCAGCAGAGCCUGACCAGCGAAGCCCACUUGAGGGCGCUCCGGGAGACAUUGAAGGACAUGCUGGCUCACUGGUUCUCGGCCGGUCUCCUGCAGCUACAGACCAUCACGUGGCAGUCCUCAUGCGAGAUGCUCCAGAAGAUCAGUGAGUAUGAAGCAGUUCACCCAGUCCGUGGCUGGGCCGACCUCAAGCGUCGAGUGGGACUCUACCGACGCUGCUUUGUCUACACUCACAGUAGCAUGCCUCAGGAACCAGUCAUCAUCUUACAUGCUGCGCUUACCGAUCGUAUACCAUCUAGCAUAAAAUCCAUAGUCGGAGAGACGAGAGACCACAAUCCCUCCAAAACCCCUCUGGCAUUGGAAGAGCAAGAGGACCCUGAACGUAUCACAGCAGCGAUAUUCUACUCCCUCAGUUCCACACAAAUGGGAUUGCGAGGUGUGGAUCUUGGCAAUCAUCUCAUCAAGCACGCCGUCCGCAAACUGCAAGCCGAAUUCCCCAAGCUUGAGAUGUUCUCCAGUCUGUCGCCCAUUCCAGGAUUCCGAAGCUGGCUCCUUGCCGAAAUCGGCAGGCAUCCCAAAGGUAAAAAUGGCGCGAUACUUUUCACUUCCGGUGAGCUUGGAGAUAUCCAAAGUUUGGCGGGCCGAUCUGACGAAUCAGAGAUGAUGACGGUCAGGCGAUUGUUGUCGACCAAUCAGUGGGCUCAGUCUGAAAAGCUUGUCGACCUCUUGGAGCAGCCGUUAAUGCGAUUGUGUGCAAGGUAUUUGUAUGCGGAGAAACAUAGAGGAUUUGCUUUGGACUCUGUAGCCAAUUUUCACCUUGGUAACGGCGCAGUGAUGUGGCGACUAAACUGGAUGGGUGACCUUACCCCCCGCGGCCUGACGCAAUCCUGCGGCAUGAUGGUCAACUAUCGCUACUACCUGGACAGCACCCAACACAACAGCCAAGCCUACACCGUGGAGCAGAAAGUCUCCACGACGGAGCAGGUUCUGGGGUUAGUCGAGGAAAGCCGACUUCUGGAACAGAAAAGCAGACUGUGAUUGCUGGGUAUAUGAGACCUCCGUUCAGGAACUGUUGAGGGCAGUAUGCGACCUGAGAACCCAACGUUCUUCACGGGACCAGAUACAAGCACAAAGGAGAUACAAAUUUUCUUCGCUUUGAUUUUCCGUGUUACAAAUGUUCAUAUCUUACUUGCUGUCUUGCAGGCCAGUUAAGUACCGAGUGGAGAAAAACGCCAAGCGUUGGAUCAUAGUAGAUGGUCGAACCCGCUUCUUGAGAGGCAAAGAUCACUCUCUAACUCUGAUUGAUUGAUAUACUUAUUGGUUGCUUCAUGGUAUAAAAGAUGGCAUGAUUGAUGAUGAUUGAGGAUGUAAUUUGGGUUUUUUUGGUGUUUCAGUUUAUGCUCAGAGGGUCAAAACAAGUCCUGUUGUAUUUUUGUUUUGUUCUUUUGUUUUUUGUUUUUGCGCUUAUUUUACCAAAGUUAUGAAUACCCUAAAAUGAUUUUAUAUAUCGAUGUAAAUGUUUAUGCAUACAUUAUUGAGUGAAACUCAGAUAGUCAAUAUAUAAUCAGUAUUUUUGAAUAU